CUCGGCGCAGCCCGGCUCGGCGGCGCCGGCCGCUCCCGCUCCCCCGGCCCGGGCUCUUUGUCGGCGCGUGCCGGCGGGGGUCGGCAGCGCCAUGUCCUCCCCCAAGAAUGGCUUCUACCGGCAGGAGAUCACCAAGACCCUCUGGGAAGUGCGGGACCGCUACCGGGACCUGCAGCCGGUGGGGUCCGGCGCCUACGGAGCCGUGUGCUCAGCCGUCGAUGGAAGAAGUGGUACCAAAGUGGCUAUUAAGAAAUUGUACCGCCCGUUUCAGUCUGAACUCUUUGCCAAACGAGCUUACCGAGAGCUGCGUCUCCUGAAACACAUGAAGCAUGAAAACGUCAUUGGAAUUUUAGAUGUGUUCACACCAGAUAUAACACUGGAGAAGUUCAAUGACUUCUACCUUGUCAUGCCAUUUAUGGGAACAGACUUGAGUAAAAUAAUGAAGCAUGAGAAAUUAACUGAAGAUAGAAUCCAGUUCCUGGUAUAUCAGAUGUUGAAAGGCUUAAAGUAUAUUCACUCAUCAGGCAUAAUUCACAGGGAUCUAAAGCCUGGAAAUCUGGCAGUAAAUGAAGACUGUGAACUGAAGAUCCUGGAUUUUGGAUUGGCAAGGCAUACAGACAGUGAGAUGACUGGCUAUGUGGUUACAAGGUGGUACAGAGCCCCAGAGGUCAUACUUAAUUGGAUGCAUUAUACUCAGACAGUUGACAUCUGGUCUGUGGGCUGUAUAAUGGCUGAGAUGAUAACAGGGAGACCUCUGUUCAAGGGAAAUGAUCAUUUGGACCAACUCACAGAAAUAAUGAAAAUAACAGGUACACCAACUCAAGAUUUUGUUCAAAAAUUGCACAGUCAAGAUGCAAAAAACUAUAUCAAAAGCCUCCCAAAAGUCCAGAAGAAAGAUUUUGCAUCCAUCUUGAAGUAUGCGAAUCCUUUGGGAGUUUAAAGAGAAUAUGCAACAUGGCAAGCAGAAGUUGAAGUAUCCUGUCCCACACUUCUUGGGGUGAAGCAUCACUUCUCACACUGCCUCUGCUUCCUUUCAGCUGCUCCAAACCCAAUAACAUCCUUUCAGGAUAGAAAAACAGAAAAUAAAUGAAUCAUUCAUCAUACCUGUUUACACUAGUCCACUUUGACAGUCUAGCUGACUGAAUCCAGAAUCCACAGGAGGGGAACAUGCAGAAUUUAAUGGAUUGUUUUGGCUGAGGUCAAAACCACAUAGCAGAUAAAGUUAGCUCUGAGAUUCUGAGUAUGAACAAUUGACCUGUCUUAGUGAACUUCAGAGUGUACUUGGUUUGGAUUUGGUGACAGAGAGCGCAGUUCUCAUUCGCUGUUCAUUCAGCUGCUCUCAGGGGGUGAUGUACCUUGGAACCACAAUGAGUGGCAGUGAUUAAAGACACCUGGGAAAGCCCCAGGCACAGUGGUCCUGGAGCCAGAAGCUGGGAAUUCAUUAGCUGAGAUGUUUUCUGUAUUGCAUACAGAAGCAAGGGAACACCUCUGCAUUGCAUCAGGCUUUGUAUACAUCACAGCUUACAACAGUCAUGCAAAGAGGCCCCACUG